AUGAGUAGUAAUGAAGAGCUGGUGAGGCAAAAAGAUGAGGCUGAUGGCAAAGUGGGCGAUCUCCAGAGGGAACUGGAGGGCGAGCGCACCAAGGCGGUGGAGGAGAAAGGGAGGCUUCAGAGGGAGUUAGAAGCAGAGAGAGUGCAGGCGGUGGCGGAGAAGGAGAUCCUGAAGAAGGAACUGAAGGCGGAGAAGGCAAAGGCGGCAUCGGAACGGGCGGCCCUGCAGAAAGAGCUGGACGAAGAGAGGGCAAAGGCAGCCUCUAAAAGGGUGGCUUAUCCCGAUCUGUGCGUCACAGCAGUGGAGCAAUUCAAAGGGUCUACCGAAUUUCAGACGGCGGUUGAUGCCGCGGUUGCGAGAAAUCUGGCUGGGCAAGAAUCUGGGGGGACUGGCCCAUCGAGGACGACUGCUGGAGGUUGGGUGGAUGAAGUUGGGGAGCAGUAUGGCUCAGGGUUCUUUCUUGGUUGUGGGGAAUAUCUGGAGGUGGUGGAGGAGGAAUCGGAAGAUCUCACUCGUCAGAUUGAGACUCACCAUUACCUGACCCGCCUCAACCAAGAUUUCAUUCAGUGUGGCGUUUAUGAUACCGACGACUCCCACAGUCGUCUCAUCGGGGUUGAAUACAUAAUAACAGACCGUAUAUUUGAAACAUUACCACCUGAUGAGCAGAAGCUUUGGCACUGCCAUGCAUAUGAGAUCAAAUCAGGCCUUUGGGUGAAUCCUCAGGUCCCAGAGCUGGUUCUAAAGCCCGAACUUGAAAAUCUCACCAAAGCUUAUGGUAAAUUUUGGUGCACCUGGCAAGUUGAUAGAGGUAAGUUUCCUCUAGGUCCACCUUCAUUGAUGAUGUCCCCACAACCUAUGAACUUGGGCAAGGUAAGGCCACACUUGGUUGAGAAGAGGGAUUGGAAGUACAGGAUCUCAGUUGAUGAUCUGAAGAUGUCAAGAGUGGAGAUUGAAGAACCAGAAUGGAUCAAUCCACAAGCAGACUACUGGAAACAACAUGGAAAGGGCUUUGUUGUCUUGAUUGAGCCAAUUGAAAUGAAGAAGAUGGCACCCUUUUCGUGA